UCAAAAUAGGCUCUAAGCAGAUCUGUCCUCCUCCUCCUUCUCUUUGCCCAACCCGCGCUCAGCAGGAUUCCCCGAGCUGCUUCAUCACUGCCUGCGAUUUGCUGUGCCCGAGACUCUUCCUGGAUCACCCGGGAAUCCGUGUCCAACUCUUUUCUAGCUGCGCAGCUCCGCGCCAGCCGCGCCGAGACCCCGCCAGCAGCCGGCGGCCCCGCUCCUGCGGCGGCACAGGCAGGUGCGGGGGAACCCGAGACAUCAGCGCGCCCCAAAACUUGCUCGCGGGCCAUUGACGCGGGUGCUCGGGCUUCCCCAGCCCUCCCACGCCGGGUUUUCCUUAAAGAGUUGCGACGACGGGGGCAGGUUCUGAAGUGCAGAGACCCGGGCGAGCGAGCGGCCGGCAGCAACGCCUCCCGCCGGGUCCCCGCCGAAUGCGCCCGGGACGCGGCGGACGCUAGCCCCGCGCUGCCUGAGGCGCACGGCGUGUGCGGGGGCACUUGGGCACCACAAUGCUUUGUUUUCCUGCCGCAGGAAGCCCAGGCGGGCUCUUGCCAGCCGACUUCACCCACCCGCAGCCCCAGUCAUAGCCAUGGAAGUUGCCGCGGCGCAGGGCAGGAGGGAACCGCUCGGCGCGGGGUCUCCUUUGGAUGGUUCUGCUCUGCACGGACCACUUCUUUCUCCCUCUGCGGGUGGCCGUUCCUGCCGCCGCGCCCCCGGUGUGUCAGCCCAAGGGCACCACUAACGGCCACUACCCGGCCCCACGCCUCUCCAUCUCCUCCCGAGCCACGGUGGUAGCCAGAAUGGAAGGCACCUCCCAGGGGGGCCUGCAGACCGUCAUGAAGUGGAAGACAGUGGUCGCCAUCUUUGUGGUGGUGGUCGUCUACCUCGUCACGGGUGGUCUCGUCUUCCGGGCCUUGGAGCAGCCCUUCGAGAGCAGCCAGAAGAAUACCAUUGCCUUGGAGAAGGCAGAAUUCCUGCGGGAUCACGUCUGUGUGAGUCCCCAGGAGCUGGAGACUCUGAUCCAGCAUGCCCUUGACGCUGACAAUGCAGGAGUAAGUCCAGUAGGAAACUCUUCCAACAACAGCAGUCACUGGGACCUUGGAAGUGCCUUUUUCUUUGCUGGGACUGUCAUCACCACCAUAGGGUAUGGGAAUAUUGCUCCAAGCACUGAAGGAGGCAAAAUCUUUUGUAUUUUAUAUGCCAUCUUUGGAAUCCCACUCUUUGGUUUCUUAUUGGCUGGAAUUGGAGAUCAACUUGGAACCAUCUUUGGGAAAAGCAUUGCAAGAGUGGAGAAGGUCUUUCGAAAAAAGCAAGUGAGCCAGACCAAGAUCCGGGUCAUCUCCACCAUCCUCUUCAUCUUGGCUGGCUGCAUCGUGUUUGUGACGAUUCCUGCGGUCAUUUUCAAAUACAUCGAGGGCUGGACUGCCUUGGAGUCCAUUUACUUCGUGGUGGUCACUCUCACCACAGUGGGCUUUGGUGAUUUUGUGGCAGGGGGAAACGCUGGCAUCAAUUACCGGGAGUGGUAUAAGCCCCUAGUGUGGUUUUGGAUCCUUGUUGGCCUGGCCUACUUUGCAGCUGUCCUCAGUAUGAUCGGAGAUUGGCUACGGGUUCUGUCCAAAAAGACAAAAGAAGAGGUGGGCGAGAUCAAGGCGCACGCGGCCGAGUGGAAGGCCAACGUCACGGCCGAGUUCCGGGAGACGCGGCGGCGGCUCAGCGUGGAGAUCCACGACAAGCUGCAGCGCGCCGCCACCCUGCGCAGCAUGGAGCGCCGGCGCCUGGGCCUGGACCAGCGGGCGCACUCGCUGGACAUGCUGUCGCCCGAGAAGCGCUCGGUCUUCGCCGCCCUGGACACCGGCCGCUUCAAGGCCUCGUCGCAGGAGAGCAUCAACAACCGGCCCAACAACCUGCGCCUCAAGGGCUCCGAGCAGCUGCACAAGCACGGCCAGGGCGCGUCCGAGGACAACAUCAUCAACAAGCUCGGCUCCACCUCGCGGCUCACCAAGAGGAAAAACAAGGACCUCAAGAAGGCGCUGCCCGAGGACGUGCAGAAGAUCUACAAGACCUUCCGCAACUACUCCCUGGACGAGGAGAAGAAGGAGGAGGAGACGGAGAAGAUGUGCAACUCGGACCACUCGAGCACGGCCGCGCUCACCGACUGCGUCCAGCAGCCGGCGGCCGAGAACGGCGUGGUCCCCAGCGACGCCAAAGACAGGGACCCGGAGAACAACUCGCUGCUUGAGGACAGAAACUAACGGGGAUGGGACCCUCGGCUCCACCACCGUUGCGCGUGCGUGCGUGGACCUGUGUGCGUGCGUGUGUGUGCUUUUAAAUCUUCACCCCGACACGCGUGCCUUAAACAGACUUCUUGCUCGUCCGAAAUUACAUAGCAUUGGAGAAUAUCUUUCACUGUGCCAUAUACCACCCAGAAAGCUCGCCCUGCCCAGCGGAGCCCAAGAACCAGGCCCGCGCACUCCCGAGGGCGACACAGGGAUGCCCAGGGAGCACUGGCGCCAGCGUGGGGAGUGGGGGCGGGGGGGUCGCGCCGGCCACGGGUGUCCAGGACGCGUCCCCGGGCCUGCCUGGAGGGGUCUGCGUGCCGCAGUGUGUGACUCCCAAGGCUGCGACCAACCAUCAGGAGGUGAUGCCUUGGCUGACCUAGCACUUGCCCAAAAGGGCGGCCACGCUGAGAGCAGCCUCCCGAAAGCAACAGGCGUUAUCUCUGAUGCAGAGUCCCCUUCCCGGAACCUGGGUGCCCACCAGAGGGUACCUGCAAACUGGGGGGCUAGAGCUGACUUAUUGGCAUGUGCUCUGAGCUGGAAUUUUUUUUCUUCUUUUUUUUGAUGCAAACCCGCUCAGCGGCAAACCUAGUCUUUCUAAGUUCCAAAUGAAUGUCUGCAGACCCCAGAGCACCUGCAAUUUGUUGGAAGCACAUAAGAGCACAGGUGUUGAGAGGUGCGAUUGAGAUAAAAGAAAAAAAAAACCACACAAAUAUUUGCAAACAUGUCACACUGUGGAGGUCGCAGUCACCCAUGGCCUAGGCCUACUGAGUUUUAUUUCAGUUUCUUCCUUUCUCACAGAAGUGGGGAGCCCGCAUGCAAGCUUUGCUGUGUGCUCAGACCCCCACCUUGGCAGGGUGAUAUAGGAAACAUCAGGCACUUUUCUCAGUGGGUGCCAUGGUGAAAAUAUGCAUCCGCGUUCACUUUUUCUAGUGGAACAUUGGUUAGAACUGGUUUAGAUGAACAGGGGGAAAUAUACCAAAACUAUUGCCUUGCAUGAUGCCAGUGGCUUGCUGUCCUAUCUAGCUAGUCCUUUCCCCCCACCUUUUUAAAAUACAAGAAUAGACAUCCUGCAUGUCUGAGACAUACCAAGAACAACCACGGUAUCAUUCCAUCUCAGGGCUCUCUGUCCCAUUGGGUGUCCUAGGUUAGACCUAGUCAGAAGAUCCAAUUCUGCUCUCCUCAAGCAAACGGGAAACUAAUCUCUCAACCAACCCUUGAUUGAAUUGUCUUCAUUGCUUGCAGCUUAAGUGCCAUUAGUACCAUGGAGGGGCGUCGGUGUAUGACUUAAAUGAAGUAUUUAAAAUGUUUCACUGUUAUGUUUGGGGGCUUUUUAAAAAAAUUUUGAGAGCAUCACUUCUUCCCUUUCUCUUUUUCCCCUCCCUCAGCCCCCUGAUUCAUUGAAGUGGUGUUUGAGGUAUGCAGUAUCCGACACAGGAUGCUUCUGUGUGCUCCUUGGGCUCAGAAUUGUUGGGGAAGCAAAGUGAGAGUGCAGGGAGGGGCUAAUGAGUCCUGAUUUUUGAGGAGUUCAGAUGGCUUUUCAUCAGAGAGGGAAGAUGUGUUAUUAUACCAACCACAUCUUGUGAUGCCUCAUCCUUUUCCUUAAAAAAAAAAAAAACUGGACCACUGAACAGUUCAAACUUUGGGCCACACACAUAAAUAAACAUUAUGGAUUUGGUGACAGCGGGAUAUUGUUUUGGGGGGAUUUCACAUGACUUAUAAGAGAGCAGAUUGGUCAGAAGUUCCUAGGACAAGGGGAGAUUUUUAGAAAGCAUUUGCUUUCUCACUUCCCCGGAGAACUAAGUUUAUCACAUCCUCAGCCACAGCAGACCUCUUCCUUUCGCCUUUCCCUGAGUGUCUAGCUCUUCCUCUCAUUGAGUACAUGCAUAACCCCCUGCCCCACCCCACCCCCAGUGUCAGUUUUGGGACUCCAAGUUUAAAGUUCUGGCAUUGCUUUUGGAAGAGACGCCAAGAAGGAGUGAUUUUAAGACAGCCUGUUCUAUCCCAGCUGGGUUUGGGUUAGCUCCACUGGGCUGGAGUCGUGGCUCCUUGGACUUCCUGUGUCCACGUACUAAUGGACACUUGGGAGAUGUUUGUGGGGUGUAGGCAUUUGUACUUCCUGUGGGCAUCAUUUCAGUCUGACAAAAUAUGUUUUCAGAAAUUGGAGGAAACUGAGAAUUGCCUAUGCUGACAAGUCAAAAAGAUUUUUGAUUAGACCAUCCAUGGAUUUCCUUUGUUUGGGUUCCUACCUUUUGUGACUUAGUAACUUCCAGACAAAGAUUGCCCCCUCCCCCAUCCCUCACCACCACCGCCGCCAAGCAUUUAUCCAGUGGCUUCCAUGGGCAGGCAUGAGAUUAGGCACUUUAUAGUCAUUAGCUCACUGAGACUUCACAGCAACACUGGGAGGAAAGUGUUUGCGAACAUGAAGACAGAUGUGGAGGCUCAGGGAAGCCAUGUAGUAUCUUAGUAAAGGCAAGAAGGUGGGAGAGCUAGUUUUCAAAGGCUUUGACCAAAGUCUGCUUUGACUUUGCUAUGGUGUCUGUAUCUGUACUGUCAUGUGAUGUGUGUGUGUGUGUGUGCGUGUGUGUGUGUGCAUGUGCGUGUGUGUGCUCGUAUAUCUUUCUAAGUUCAUAAACACAUCUUUCAGAUGUAGAAGAAGAUCAUUGUUACUAUCAAGAGGAGUUAAGGUCUGUGUGCAUUUGUUUGUUUUUGGUUCUCAUUUGGGGGGUGCUCUCUGUGCACUCCUUCUGUCUUGUUUAAAAAUGCCCUUUGGAAGCACUCUUUUGCACUUUACCUGUUUACCUUGCAGGAACUCCGCAUAUAGCAGGAAUAGAACAAUUCAAAGCACUAAGCUGCACAAAACAGAACAGGGGUUGGUGUGUGUAUAAUACUUCUCCAGUAAGUCAAGUCUCAGUGAUAUGGAGGGAUUGAAACAAGCCCUUAGCUGAGAGUGUGGAAAUCUUCAAUAGCCCAUUCCUGUGGCACAGAUAGGGCCAAGGACCUGAUGAAUAAAAUCACAGAAGGAUCCGCUGUGGAGAUUGACCCAUUAAAUUUGUGGGCCAAGUGCUCGGCAAACUAAUAUAUUAUCCAAAGGAGAAGCUGAGAAGGAAUAAGAGGUUGGAAUCCUCUUUGUAUAAGCUGAGAUUUGUGGGGAGGCCAGUUAUUUUGAAGCGGCUUGAAUGUUACCUUUCUAAAGCUGGAGCCAAAUAAUAGGUAGAAUAUAUAUGGCUAUAGCAAAGCAGUUGCAAAUUCUGUAAAUACAUGUGGAGAAGGCAAAUCAACUACAGAUUUUAUAUCAUCAACCCCGCCUUGCUCUUCAACCUGCACGCCCUGCUGACCCUGAGCCCCAAAUAAAGGCUUUAAUUUGCACACGAGUGAGCUCAUCUGCAGAAUCUUCCCUGGAAAUGGCACCUUUUUACUUUUUACUGGAAAUUCCUUCUAGACCAGUGCUGGAGACUUUCUGGUGAGAACUGAGGGUCAAUUUAGAGGAAAUGCAGCUCAGUACUCCUAAACCCAAGUUUGAGUCUAGAAAUGUGCUGAACUUAGGAUAGGGCCUUCAUAUGUGUUGUGGUCAGAGUUGUCCCUGACUUAGGGGUAAGGUGACAGAUGACCUGUCUAUGACUGCGGGUCCCACUAGAAUCAAACACAUCAGGAAUGGUUAAGUUCCCUUUGAGGGUUGCAGGUUCUCUGACUGAACCUGCCUAUGACCUAUUGACUUUUAUUGAGUAUUAUAAGCUGGAUUUGUGAGUACUGGAUAUUGAACCCAUUACUUUUAGGCUUUGCUGAGACCUUACGUCUCCUGCCCUUUGGAGGAUCAUUUUCUGGGUAAUUUGUAGAACCAGAUAUCUCGGGGAACCUGGUCUUCAAAUUGAGGUCAAGUCUUUCUGUUCUCACCAGGAGCACUGUAUCACCAGAGGGCUCAGGCUCGGGGCACCACUUUGUGUGUGGUUUCAAAUAGAGAAUUUUUAGCUGUUGCUAUUUGCAAUCAGUUGUAGCAAAGGUUCUCUCUGAUUACUUCUGAGUUCAUAAACUAUAGACAGACCUUGUCCUUUGUGCCUCACUCAGCCACACACCGGCCCACACAGAAGAACAUGGCUGCUCCCUUCUGUGUUGAAAGUGAGCUGCACUUGACAUUAUUAGAAAAUCAUUCCCUUGCUUCCCUCUGAGAUGUUAUCAUUUUCUGGUGGAGUCAAUUCUGCUCAUCUAUUUUUCGUUUGCUUGGUUUGUGGAGGGGGGUAUAGUGAGAAUGGGGCCAGAAUUUGGGUAGGGCAGACUGGUGCUCACUGUAUUGGGUGAGAAUGCAAACCAUUCCUCAUGUUCCAUGGAUCCAGACUGCAGGAAUGCAUGGAGGAAAAUAACCAUGCAGGACUUUCCAAAAGGGGAGGGUGAGGGGACCAGCAUUGCAGUUCAUGACUCGGAUUUCCAUAUCUUGCUUAUUUACCAUGUGGGAGCUAUUCUUUCCCAAUGCCAGGAGGCAUUUGUGGGCAAAGAUAGUGGCUGCAUGAGAUUUUGGUGGGAGAACCUAAGGGCGAGUCAGCAAUGGCCUUAAAAACAAAAGAUCUCUCCCUGAAGUGAAGGUUAUUUGAAAACGCCAGGUGGGUGCCGUAGUUCUGCAUGUGCAAACUUGGGUAUAGCAUGCCAGUUUGAUGGUUGUAAAUAAAGCCCUGUGCUCUGUCCGUAUCCCACAGAUCAGCUGCAUUUAUCCCCUCUCCUCUCACCAUUUGUCAGACUCUCAGUCCUCCCAUGACUGCCCCUCAGUCACAUGACAUCAGCACAGUCACAUGACAUCAGCACAGUCACAUGACAUCACACAGUGGCACAGAGGGGAAAUCAGAACUCUUGACAAGUUUACUGAAAGUGAUGAUCAUGUUCACAGGUGCCUACAAGAUUUUUAAUCUACUCUGUGUUCUAUUCUUCAAUGAAAAAUCCCAAAUAGUUCCCUGUUUAUUAAAAAAAAAAAAGUCCUGAGAGGACUCUUGCUCCAUUGACAUGGCAGGCCUAAGGAUUCAUGGCAAAACUUCUCCUGAGCCAUCAGGAAGUCAAGUCUGAAGGGAGAACGUGCAGCAGUGCCUAGAAGAGAUAUUCCAACCAACUCACAAGGCAGCCUCUGGUCACUUCCCCACCCCAGAGUGACAGGCAGGGGACACCCAGUGACAAUGACAACUAUGACACUAAUCCAUGUGUGGAGGUGUUUUAUCUAGUUUUUUUUUCUCUCUGUAGGAUUUUAUGGUGCUUUAAAAAAAAAAGGCAUUUUACAGAAAAUAAUGUGGGGUAUGGGGGGGAGGAGGGGAUUUCAUAAUGUUCUUAGGAAAAAUACAAAGGGAAAUCUGCUUGUAACAUUUCAAUAAGCUGUGCUGCUAUUGUCUUUAUUUUAUGAUGUAAUUCUUUUCCCCAGUGAUGGAGAAAAUGGCAACAAAGACCGUUUGGAAG